AUGGAGCCCCCAGCCAAAAAAUCGCGCAGGUUGCUUGAUGACGAUAGCUCCAGUGAUUCUGGAGAUGAGUCCGGCGGAGUUCCUAUUACCAAUUCGUCUGAUGGAGCUGGAUUCAAGAUCAACGAAGAAUAUGCCCGUCGCUUCGAAUACAACAAGAGGAGGGAGGAGAUGGUGCAGCUGGAGGCUAAACAUGGAAAAAUUUCCGCUCUUGGAAAACGCCGUGACGGGGAGGGAGAUGAGGAUUCUGAGGGCUCCGAGGAAUCCUCGUCCGACGAGGAUGAAGAUGAGGACGGAGACCUAGCUACUACAGCGGUCGAUGCAGAAAUUAUGGCAACUAUUAAGGCAAUCCGGUCAAAGGAUCCCCGAGUGUACGACAAGAACGUUAACUUCUACACCACGACCGACGAAGGCGCAGACGCAGAACCAGAAAAACGGGAAGAGAAGCAGAAAACCAUGACUCUCAGAGACUACCACCGUGAGAAUAUUCUGAGCGGUGCCCAUCUGGCUGAUGAAGAUGCAUCGGAUGCUCCCAAGACCUACGCACAAGAACAAGAAGACUUGAAGCAAGCAAUUGUUAAAGAAAUGCAUGAUGCUGCUGAUGGGAAACCCGCAGCCGACGAUGAAGGUGAUGAGGAGGAAGGAUUCCUAGUUCGCAAAUCAGGCCCUGAACCCAUCUCUGCGCCUCAGGAGACCCCAUUAGAUAUCGAGAAUGCCGAUCAAGAUCCUGAAAGCUUCCUUUCGAAUUUCCUAUCCUCCCGAGCAUGGAUUCCCGCUGGAAGACCACAACACCAGCCAUUUGAGUCUGACGACGAGGAGGAAGACGAACGCGCAGAGGCUUUUGAGGAGGCAUACAAUUUCCGGUUCGAGGACCCGAGCAAAAUCAACACCAAGCUAAUUACCCACUCCCGUGAUACGACCAAUAAACAGUCUGUCCGCAGAGAUGAGGUUAGCGGCAGAAAGAAGAUAAGGGAGGCUACUCGAUUAAAGAAGGAGGAGGAGAAAAAGCAGCGCGAAACAGAAAAAAAUCGUCUUCGCAAGUUGAAGAUGGCAGAACUUCAGGACAAGGUGGACAAGAUCAAGGAAGCUGCAGCACUCCGUGCGUCUCAACUCACCGAUGAAGACUGGACUAAAUUCCUGGAUGAUGCCUGGGACGACAAGAACUGGGAAGAUGAAAUGCAGAAGCGCUUUGGUGAAGACUAUUACGCCGAAAAUGACAUGGGUGGCAGCGGUGAUGAAGCCGGAGGCAAGAGGAAGCGACCCAAGAAGCCUACCUGGGAUGAUGAUAUCGACAUCAAUGACCUGGUGCCGGACUUUGAAACCGAAGGGGGGCCUGCCGUUGAGUUAUCCGACGUCGAGAUGGGAGAUGAUCAAGACGAUGAAAACAAAAAGAGCAAGGCCCAGGAGAGACGGGACCAAAAACGGGAGGCUCGCAAGGACCGCAUGCGCAUUGAAGAGGCGAUCGACCGCAACCUAGAUCUCGACCUUGCUCUGCUUCCCGGGGCAACGAAGAAGAACUCGACUGUAUUCCGCUACCGCGAAACUUCGCCCCAGAGCUUUGGAUUGACAGCUCGUGACAUUCUCAUGGCGGAUGAUACUCAGCUCAAUCAGUUUGCCGGUUUGAAGAAACUGGCGGCGUUCCGUGAUGAUGAGAAGAAGCGCAGUGACCAGAAGAAACUAGGCAAGAAGGCACGAUUGAGGCAAUGGCGCAAGGAUACCUUUGGCAAUGAGGAAGGGCCUGAGUUCGUUUUCGGAGGGGAGAAAGCCCCAGCGCGAGAGGGCGAUGAAGAUGAUGCGGGUAAUGUUGAUAUCCGGGAAGGGGAACCACGAAAGAAGAAGAGAAAGAGGUCGAAGAAGCAUUGA